AUGGCUCACGUUACAGUUGAUUGGAAUCCACUUGGAAAGGUAUUUUAUAGGUAAGUGGUUCUUUUCCGAUCAGACAGUCUCCAAGUUCUGGCUCGGCCCAUAAUUAUAAAAUGCUACUUAUUAUUGUUUUAUUAUUCAUUCAAAAUAUUUCCUCCAAGCUGAAGACAUCCUUACCUUUAUGUAAAAUUCCAGUAGUCAAACAUCUGCCUGUUUUUUGCCAGUCCCAGAUUAUGAGGGGAUAUAAUAUUCUUGCUGAUAUUCUUCAAAUGGUAGUUUUCAGUGUUUUUGUUUGUUAUUUCAAAGUUUUUGAGGGAGAAGUUCAGGAAAUUUAAUGAGGUUAAAUAUAGUUACUUAACUUAGUUAACGAUGAGGAGCUCCAGUAGCUUCUCAGUAGUUAGCUUGGCAUUAGCGUGGCAAUGGCGUGGCGUGUCGUUGACGUUUGUUAGGGUUUUAUAUUGGUACGCUUUGGCGAGCUGGCAGUUAUCCUAUGCUCUUUUGUUUUUGCCGGGGUUCAUGUUACUGUACUAGGCCUGUUGCAGGAUAAUUUCCAGUGCCCCCUGUGUCAGUGGUUUCCAUUGUGAUUUAUGCAUCUGCGUUUGCAAUGAUGUGCUCGUAGUUUUAAAGUGCAUGGUGUUCAGGGCGUUUUGCUCAGUGUUGCUCAGUUUUAGUGUUUUUUCCCCUUCCUCCUUACCCCUUAUUAUUAUUUAUUAGUAUUAUUGUGGUCCUUAUUUCUCCACUGAACUCUCAGUUCAGUGUGAUGGGUGCUUAGGCUGGGGCUGGCUGUGGCUGACGGGGCUCGUGGCUUGGUUGCAGGUAAGGCAGGCUUUUAGGGUGUUCUUGCUUCAGGCAUUAAUCUACCCAUAACAUGUGAAAUCUUCUACCAUUUACUCUUGGUCUUCAACACCAAAACAGCCAAACCAUCACUCUGCUUCUUUGUUUGAUUUCUGUGCAUCCUUUUCCAGUUUGGAGGUGUGUCUGACAGAAUGGUUAACACCUUGAACUCCGGAUCUGGAGGUCCAGGGUUCAAUCCUUUUUGAAUGGUUUCAAUCCGUUUCGAAUGGUUUCCUUUGACAAGGAACUUUACACCACUUUGCCUCUCUUCAUCCAGGUGUAUUUAACAAUAUUAUUCCUCGAGCCCGAAUGGGCUAUUGACUCAGAGGCCAUGAGGGCGAGAGGAAUAAUUGUUUUAGUAAAAUCGGACUAGUUGGUCAAAACUAUUAAGACAAAACAACUUUAGCUAGCAUAACGCGAUUCAGCCGCCAUCGUUUUGGUUUUCAAAGCUGGCGCUUUCCGCUACUAGUGGGCUAUAACAUAUAGCCUAGUAGUAGCUCAACCAAUCAGAAUGCAGCAUUGAUCAUAGACCACUAGUUGGAUUUUACUAAAAAUGGAUACCCGCAAAAUACUGCUCGGGGGUAACCCUCCGAUGGACUAGCAUCCCAUCUAGGGGGGAACAGGGAAUGGCAAGACUCCUAUAGUCAUCCUUCAUGGUAAGGAAGCCGGGAUAAGCUCCAGCCUUUUUGGGCCUUUGCUUGCGUGCACCUGUAAUCUUCUUUUUACCGUUUCCAGUCUGAGACUUUACUUUUGACAGCAGCCUUUAAAUCAAAGCAAACCUCUUUCAAUUUUGGCAAAUAACCAGCAGGCUCAGGAGAGAAAUACCGGGGCAGGUAUAAAAAAUUUAAGCCAAUCAGUCAGGGAUGGAGAAAUAUUUUAAAUGUACACACUGUAGCUAUAAGUGAAUUACAGCAGAAGUUUUCUUCGCAAAAUGUGUUUGUCUUGAACAGGAAAGUAGAGCUGUACAGUAUGGAGUGGCAAGAUGCUGUGGAUCUAUCCCGGUUUAUUGUGAGUGCAGCACCUUUUGGUGGUCCAAUAGGUAAGUACAUCAGACUUCUUCUAAGUGUUGUUUAACUUGUACACGGAGUACAAGUUUCAUUUCCCUCAUUAUUGUAGGGUAAAUAGGACUCACCAUGGAAAUGUUUAAGAGCCAGAAUCAAAGAAAUGCUCUUAACAACACUGUAAGUUCCGGCAUUAAUUUGUAAGUUACAGUACUGUUCAAAAGUAAGUUGACAGUCCAUUGCGAGUCUCAAUUCUCGACUCAAUUCACGAUUCUCUAUUCCUGCGCGAAAUGAGAAUCGAGAAUCGAAAACAAGCUAUCGAGAAUCGAGUCGAGAAUUGAGUCUCACAGGACAGAAAACAAAAGAUUCACCCAUGACUGAUUUCUCUAAUUUUACAAUUCUACUUACCAAUUUUUUUUCGAUUGCCUGUUUGUGAAUGCCCAUCAGCAUUAUCGCGGUUGAAUGUCUGCUCAUCGGUGUCCAAAGUUAGGGUGUUUUUUUGCUGGAAACUUUACUUGUAAUUAAUUCUGCUUGUAACUUGACCUCUUGACCAGAAUUGCUGUUUUUGUGAUACGUGCACGUGAAAGCAUCUCAGUUUGAUAUUUUGCCCUUCGCUUUUUAUGGGACGUGAUUGCGUACAUGAAAGUUUCGAUUUGAAUAUACAUGCCAGAAAACUUCAGAAACCUCCAAGAGCUUUGAAAACAAUUUUUAGUAGCGUAUAAUACGAACCGCUUGCGCAAAAAUUAUUUUUCAUCACGGUAGCUGCAGUCACCUGCUAGGCAACGAAAAAGUUCACUCGUAUCCUGUUCCAUCACGGAAAAAAGCAUCCCAAUUUUAUGAGCGAGUACCUCAAACUAAGAAAGCGCUAAAUUAAAAGUAGAAUCAAAACCAUUGUUUCUCGAAAGUUUUCAAGGAUCAUGAACACAAUUUCAGAGCAAAAGAUUAGUCAUGUUACGGACGGACGCGUAUGUUACAGCUGAUCUUUAUCAAGCCAAGAAGCCGAAUAAGCCCAGAAUCAUUUGACGUUACAAAAUAAACGUGCUGUUUGUUUGCAUUUGGAGCAGGUAUUUGAAACUUUAGUUGAGGAAAUGAAGCUUGAUACAGAUGCCCUUGAAGAAACAUUUGCUUUAUAAUUUGAAUUGGUCUUGUUUCACGCAUACAGUCGCUUGUGGGAAUGUAACCAUGCCGCAAAAUUCGAAAGACAAGCUGACAAACAAAAGCAACAAGACUUUGUUUACAUACCAUCGCGUAUUAAACAUUUAUUUACACAAGCUUCCUUUUAUUUUGGAUUUUAAAAACAAAAGGUCAUGGAUUGCUUUUCAAGUUUAACUAGUGAUCUGGCAACUUUUGCUAUUUGAAUGAUGCAAAAUGCCGUUUGAACAAUUUAAAGGUUUCAACACAAAGUAGCACACGAGCCGUGCAAACGAAUGCAAAUUUCCUGAAGAGUUCUCCCCGAGACAGCUGUCAACUGCUAUUUGCAUAGUUCAGGAAUUUCUCACAAGAAUCAAACGCUGAGUAGCGUUUGUUAUUUUAUAGAGUACAAAGACUUUUCUGACGUGAGAGAAGUUAGAAGAUUACUCAAAACUUGAACAAAGGUUGUUACUUGUAGACUCUCACGGCAGUCGAGUAUCAAGAGUAGAGAGCUAGUUACUCGAAACUAAACAAAGGCCGUUCCAGUUUGAUGGGUCUUGCGGGAAUGAAGAAUCGAGAAUUGAGACGCAACAAUUGAGAAUCAAGUCUCGAUUCUCAACUCGAAUCUUUAUUCUCAAUUCACGCAAGGAUCGAGAAUCAAGUGUCAACUUACUUUUGAAUGGUACUGUAGGUCUAUAUCAGCAAGAGUCCAUUAUACUGUACCAGAAUUUUGUUUCAAUCAACUGUCUGUACAUGUCAAGGGAUUUGGCUAAAAAAAGUUUAAAGGAAGAAAACAACUCUGAAGAACAUCUUGCUUCUAAUUAUUAUAUUAGAACAGCUAGUGCAUAAAACAUGCAAUUGAUAAAAGCAGUCCAGCUGUGUUGUAUGUAGAUGCUUAACUGUCAGUAAUAGUUAAAAAAAUAUAUAAUUGAAGGGCUCCAUGCUAAAUUGCCUAAUGCCCCUGUGGUGUAUUUUUGGGAUGAUUGGGAUUUAAGCACCGCGGUAGGUUUCAUCGCUAAUGCACACCAUUGGUAACUCAUGUACUCUUCUACAUACAUGGAUGAUCAUGUAGCGGCUGCUCAGAAUAGAAGUCACCAAUGGUGCCUAACCCUGACCCCAAGCAAUACCGAAACAAUUGAAAGAAUGACGUCAUUGUUUUCUGCAACCAAUAAGAAGAGACCUUACGAGCAGCUCCUACACAACUGUACAUGGGGGUGAGGACGGUACACCUAAAUAUUUACAUGUCCUGCAGCCCCCCACAUUGAGAUUUCCUUUUUGGAGGAAUGGUUUGUAUUUGUUGUAUUUAAAAUUUUCAGCUCUGAUAAGAGAUGACAAGCAUUUUGCUCGAGUCCAAGGAUCAGCUAUUAAUAAACCCAUCAUUCACAUUUUUUCCUCUGCUGGAAGGGAACUUGCCACAGUCAAGGUAUGUGUCUUUUUUUAAGGUCUACUGCUGCUUGUUGUUUAACCUGAGAACACAGACAGAGAGGAGUGUUGAUCAGGCCGAGCAGGCUUCUUGUUGUUUAGUGUUGACAAAUUAAUAUUGUCAAUAUUGUUCUUGGCUAGAAGAGUAACUGUCAUCAUUUUCUGUUAUUGCAUUGGAAAAGAGCAGGAACUUGUAUUAUCAUAUGGCUAGUUCUGUGAGCAGGAAAGAUGAAGUAAUAUUCUGACUGGUUACUGAAGCAGGCAGAAUGGAUCUAUCUUAGUCUAUCACUAGUCUGCUUCACAGCCAUUUUUAGUGUUGUCACACAAUGCUCCUACCCACCUCCCUUGUGGGGAGGAGCGUUGCGUGACAAUGCUAAAAACAGCAGUGAAGAAGACUAGUCCAUCAAUGCAUGGGAACAAGAACAAAAGCAAAAAUGUUCUGCUUCUGUUAGCUAUUGAUCAAGUGUUCUUUUUUAUUCUUAGUGGGAUGGAGGCCCCAUAGUUCAGAUGGGAUGGUCCGUCACAGAGGACCUACUUUGCGUAGCUGAUGAUGGUACGGUGAUGGUGUAUGACAUUCAUGGCGCAAUCAAGAAAACCUUGUCAAUGGGACAGGUAAGUGUUAAAUCAUUUUGUGUCAUGAAAAGGCUGAAAAAUGAUGCAUGUAUGUUUGUAAAGCACCACAGCUUGACAACUUCUAGUCAACUUGAAGCUCAUCUUAGCCCAUUGAUGCCAUAUCUUAUGUCAGUGAAUUCUUUAGUCACCCCAAGUAAAUAAAUUUUCUGACAAAUUAAAUAAUCAUUAAUUUUUCCAUAACUAUGAGCAAAAUGAAUGUAAUCAGUUAUAAUAUAUUAUCAUCAAAAACAUAAGUCAUAGACUGUUUGCUACUUUAUUAAAGGGGUUGUACAAAAAUAGAGUAUACUCAUACAUAUACUUUUUGUAGCAAAGGCAUGGCCAUUGAAUAAUAUUACCCAUAUGUCGUGUAUGUUUCAGGUCAAAAUUUCAAUUCAGGUUAAAAGCUUUUAGCCUUGGUUGAUUCUCUAUCUCCUAAUUUAUUCGUGAAUUAACUCUAUGAGACAAAGGAAAUCAAGAAUCAACCUGGAUAUGAUUUUAACCCAUAACUGACAUUGUAUAUAUGUCGUUUUUGCAUGUGGCCUUAUCAAAUACACAUCAACUUCAUAGAUCUGGUGCUUUUAAGUUGCAUUGGGUGCAGGAGACGAAACUCGUAAUUUUUAUCUGUAUUAUUUUGUAGGAUGCCAAGGAAUCCAAAGUUAUUGACUGCAAAACCUAUAAUUUUGCUGGAAGGACUGGCAUAGCUAUCCUGACUAGUAAUUACCACUUUUAUGUUGCAAACAACGUGGAAGAGGUCAGGAGUCGACGGUAUUAUGACCCACCCGGUAAAAAAAAUAAUCAUAAAGUUCAGUGUUUCAGAGAGAUUAAUAAUGUUUUAUUUUGAAGUUACAUGUUCAUCUCAUGUGCUUUUGUGAUCCAUAGAACUCAAUAUCUGCCUGUGCCUCACUUUCCUUUUGUGAUAACUUUGAAUUUGAUGAGAGUUAAAGUGUUGUUCAACAGGCAAUAAAGAAAUCUUGUCACGCAUUAUUCCUUGUAGCAUUUGACUGACUUCAAGUGGGCUUGAAUUCUAACUUUUUUUUUGCGGCGUGAAUAUUUUUCAGGCUUUCUUCUCUUAAAUAUUUACAAUGAUCUGUCUUAGUUAAAUGUGUAUUUUGCCACAUUUUUCACAAGGAAAACAAUUACUGCUCUCGAUCCCAACUCGUUAAAAUUCUGUCACCUAACUACCUGAGGGCUGUCCCUAUCUGAGAAAACUAGAAAGUCAAAUCGUUUGCAGAUGUCUUUAGAAAGGCAGCACUUUCUGCUUAGCAUUAAAAGACCCCUGCCUAAGUGUUGAUCCGGCCGGUGUGUUGAACCAGCGACCUCUCGCUCAGCAGACCAGCGCUUAUCCAGCUGAGCUAACCGGACGGCAAAAAAUGACCAGUUAUGAAUCUUAAGAAACAUAGGGCCAGUUAUUUAAACGUAGUUUAGCCAAUGUUUAACAAAACGGCGUUCUGAGCCAUUUUUCAAUUUGCCCAACGGUUUUAUCUAAACUCCGUUUAUUGUGAAGUGUUUUAUGAAAGCGUUUAGAGUAGAUUAGAAAAACAUUUAACGCACUAAGGAAGAGAUCUGGAGGUCCAAAGAUUCGUUAAACCCCGGCUUAAAUUAAACUUCGUUUAAAUAACUGACCCGUAAUUUUUUUAACCAGGUUUGGAUGCUCCACCCAGCAGCUGGGUCAUUAUGCCGCAUGACAGAGGUUCAUCGUUGCUGGUGGCAAUUGAUAAUCUGUUAUACCUUACAGAAAAGGGACAGUGUAAUAGACUGGUGAGCUGUAGUAUACAGUAGAACUGUUAUCGUCAGUGAUACAACCACUUAUAAUCCAAUCAUUGUUUUUUCUUCAUCCAUGAAAAAUAUCGCCAAGCUCGAGACGUGCUUGCUUUUUCACUAAGUUCCCAUCUUUAAAACGUCUGCCUUUUCGUCGGCAGUUUUAGGAUUUUAAGAAACGUGUAUCCAGCAGAUAUUCGCACACCGAUUGCAACUCAGCAACGGUGGUGAAAACGUCUCUUAAAAAGAGAAUUCGCGUUGUUUGAAACCUCAUUGCGGUGAAUCCAACACGCAUAAUUUUUCAAAUGCAGGCGAGUCCUGGACUUGUCUAGGACGGAGUUAAAUUCUUAGGGACUGUUUACAUGAAGAUGGGGGACCCCAGAUAGGUGAGGUAACAUGCGGUAGGUCACCCCACCUAUCAUGUAAACGUGAUCAAAUUGAAGUGAGAGAUUACAAUUAUGGACAGGGAGGUUACCCCACCUAAGCGGAAAAGAGAAAAAUUGAUAAUCGUGUUCACGUUUUCCAUAAAACGUGAAAUUAUUUCGUUGUUCACAUGGAACUUUGAACGGCUAUGCGUCUGAAUUUUCGUACGGUUAAGGUGAUGUUAUACUGGGCGAUACGCCGCAACACAGCGUUGCAAUGUUGGAACAAUGUUGCAACCAUUCGAAACAUUAUCGCAACAAUGUUGCAACGCCGUGUUACGGCUUGCACUAAAAAUGGUUGUUGCGAGUCGUCUCGUGUAAUAUCACCUUUAAGGCUGUUUCGAGUGAACGUUCGAAUUCAAGUUCAGCCGGUCGAAAAUUCGCCCGGUUGCCUUUUUUACUUUCUCUUUGCUGUCGCUGUCUGGACAUCGUAAACUUCCUCUUGAGUGCCAAGUGUAUGAAAGGUUGCUACUUUUUACCAAUCCUGAAUCAGCCACAGGGCGUAGUAAAGCAGUGGGUGCGGGGAGAAGGAAGGAAUGGAGGGGAGAAAAUAGAGAAGUGUGUUGAGAUGUCGCAAUGAGAAUAUUACAUCUCUGGCUUUAUCAGUGUCACAACUUUAAAUAUGAAAUAGCGAAGUCUUGAUCGUUUAUAUUGAUGACAAAAUCUUCCCCGAACUCACACAAGUGAGUAUGCUCGCCGGCUGCUGUUGUUGUUGAAUAGUUUUGAUAUUCUUCAAUUUUCAGACUGUUUCAUUCAGCGCUGGGGCCACGGUCACUUCCAUCAUAGAAAUGGCCAUAUCUUACAAUUAUGAAUACCUAGCAAUGUUUACAGACACUGGUUUGUUAUGGAUAGGAUCAGCAGAUUUACAGGUGGGUAUAACACUGUCACAUUUGUUCAGCCCGCAAAUUUAGCUAUCAGAGGACGAGUUCCAGUAGCUAGCGCCGAGUUGACUCGGAUUCUUACAAAAUGAGAAUGAGUGGCGGUCUAAUUCAACUGGCAGUACUAACUUUGAUUCUAUACCCAGGUUUGAAGAAGGCGAGUAAAAAGGCUUUUGUUUAUACUACUCGAAUUUGAGGUAUCUUUUCUUGUAACAAAUGAAGACCCGUAUCUGCCUUAGUUCUACAUGGUGGGAUAUCAUCAUUAAUUUAGUCUAGCCACUUCUUCCUCGGAAAUCUUGCAGAAACAUUUCAUGUCAUCGCAAAGUUGAUUUUAAUUGUGUUCAUUUAACUUGCUGACAUCUCCGCAAAGCGAGUAAGCUUGGCAACCGGGACCGCUAGGCCAGGCCCCUAAGAGCUCAACUUAAAUACGCCUGUAUUUUGCAGUUCCUUGAAUUUUGCAGUUAUUGUUGUAUUUCUAUCUUCUUUAGAAAGUCUACUGUGAGUUCAACACUUCUUGUCCAUCAAGACCCAAGCAACUAACCUG